AUGGCUUCCUUUGAUGAAAGUGAUAUCCGUCAUAUUCCAUUAACAAAGGCUCACUUCUUUGAUGCUUAUUCAAAAGGUAAAUGGAAUCUUUCUCAAGUCCCAUGUCCACCUUGUUUAGAAAAUGAUGGAUUUAUGCAAGCACCUCAAUGUUAUAAUGAAUCAUCUCGUACCAAGCCAGUAGAGAAAUAUAAGAAAUUAGAUCAUUGGAAUGAAAAAUGGUUAUUUAAAAAAUUAAUAAUGAGAUUACGAAAGACAUUUGAAGUUUCUGGUGUGUCUAUUUCUUUAAUUGAACAUAAAAAGACUUUGGUUAAGAUUGAAACGUUACUUGAAUUAACUGAGAUACCUCGAGAAAUUUCCCUUGAUUCUCAUGCUAUCCUUUCUCAAGGUUAUUUUUUAUUACUUGAUGCUACUAAGGAUUGGAGAACUUCUAGGAAUCCACUUGUUAGUGGGAUACCUUAUAUUAAAUUUUAUUGUGGAGUACCUUUAAUAACUGCAAAAAAUGAAAUUAUUGGAGUUUUAUCUAUUUUUGAUUCAUCUCCCAAGAUUGAAUUCCUGGAUGAAAAUCGUAAGAAACUUCAAAGUUUUGUUAAAGAAAUUAUGACUUUAUUAGAUUCUCCAUUAGAUCAAUUAAGAGCAAUCCAAAGAAAAUCUAAAGAUAGUAUAUCUCAACUUACAAGUGAAUUAAAUGAUUUAAGUUUAAAAUUAGGAAGAGCAACAUCAACAAAAUCACAAUUAAUGACAGUUUUUGAAAAGGAUGGUUCCGGUAGUCCUUAUUCUCAAAAUCAUAAUUUCAGAUUCAUGAAGAUUUCAAAAAGAGAUAAGAACAAUGAUGAUGGUAAGUUUGAUGAAAAGAAAUUAUGGGAUAAAUUAGUAAAGACGGGAUCAUUAAAGAGUGCAGCUUCAACUUUAGCAGUAACAUUAUCUAAUCAGUUCAAAAAGUCAUUUGUUUAUGUAUUGGAAAUUAGGAUUGCUGAACCAUAUCAAAUUCCAUCUGAAUUCUUUCCAAAUAGUGAAAAUAAGAUUGAGGCAGAGAAUUAUAGAUAUGCUAAUAAACUAAUAAAACAAGCUAAAUCUGAAAAUGAAUUUAUGACAAGAAUAAUUGGCUUUCAUGGUUCUUCAAAUAAUACCUUAAGUUUAGAAAAUAGUUUUCUUUAUGAAGCUUUUACAUCCGAAUUCGGUAUAAAUUAUACAAAUCCUAAAGGAAAUACCAUGUUUAAUAGUGGGAUAAUAAUGCCCUUUUAUAGACAUAAUUCAAAACUUGUUAGAAAGACUAAAGAUAAAGAUAAGAAAUUGAUAGAUGUUUAUUUACGUAGUGGAGGGUACUUGAUUUUAAUGCUUAGUGAAUCAAUUGAUUCUACGCUCACAAAUGAAGACUUAUCAAGUAUAUUUAUGCAUACUGCUAUAUUAAGAAAAAUUUAUAUAACUAGUUAGGGUUUAAUUUUACAUACCAUGUUCUCUCAUUAACUCCAUUUGAUAGUCUUCAUCUUCUUCAAACUCUUGUUCAUCUAUUGAUGGGACAUUACCAGCUUGACUACUUACAUUUAUCAGUAGAUAUUCUUCGUCAUUAUCAGAAAAGAUAUCUUCUUCAUUUUUAUCGGUAUUUGAAGGUACUGGAUCUGAAGUUGGAUUUUGUGACGGAGUAUGGUAUAAAUCGUCAUCAUCAUCAACGAAAAGACCAUUUGAAGUGUGAUUAAUGCUGUUAUCAUUGUUAUUAUCAUUAUUAUUAUUAUUACUAUUACUAUUAUUAUUAUUAUUAUUAUUAUUAUUAUUAUUAUU